ACCGGGAACUCAGUGUGGAGAGUGGGGGAGGCAGAUACCGUCUCACAUUUGAAUAGUUCCUUUGUGUGUCCUGGGAGCCGGCACUCUGUUACUGGCAUGUACCAGGCAGACCAAACAGCUUGCUUCCUGUUGCAACUGCAUGGUUCCAGCUCUGUCACCAUUGUCCUGGGCAAGGGUCAGCCCGCACGCCGCAGGCCCCGCCACUCGCCCCGGCGGGCGGCAGCCAGCGGGUGCGCCCUCCACCGGGCGGGAGCCACCUGCGUCACGGGCCGGGGCCCAGACAGUUGCCAUGGCUCGGAGCUGCCUGGAGUCGGCCUGGCGGGAGCUGGACGAGCCGGAGCUGGGUGGAGGCUGGGAACUCUUCCUGGACAUCGCCGGAAUCCACAUUCACCGCCUCUACCGCGAGGAAUCAUGCCUUUAUGAAUAUAAAAUCUGCGGAACCUUUUCAGAUUGUGCCCCGGAGUUGUUUGUGGAAGUGUACAUGGACCUGGAGUAUAGGAAGCAAUGGGAUAGUUAUGUGAAAGAGCUGAACGAGCUGGAGCACGGCGGGCAGAAAGUGAUUUACUGGGAAGUUAAAUACCCAUUCCUCUUGUCUAACCGAGAUUACGUUUAUGGGCGUGAGCUUCAUAAUUUGGAUAUCAAUGGACGAAAAAUUUGGGUGAUUAUCGCAAAAUCAAAAUGUGUGCCGGGAUUACCAGCCAAAUCGGGCAUUAUCAGAGUGGAGGACUAUCAUCAAACUGUGGCUCUAGAGAGUGAUGGCAAACAAGGCACCAGAGCUGAUGUUUUCUUCUUCAGUGUUUCUGCAUUACUUUGAUAAUCCUGGAGGCAUGAUCCCAACCUUCCUCGUUAACUGGGCAGCAAAGAGCGGAGUGCCUUCCUUUUUGAAAGAUAUGCAGAAAGCUUGUGCUAACUACCCUGAAUACUGCAAGAAAUCUGGAAAAAAGUCAACAUUCUAUUGAUUGAGUCCAUAUCCGAUGAGAUGACAAUGGGUUGUUCUCACUGUUAGUGUGUUUUCAAGUAGUGGGGAAUUAUUCUCACAGAUAACACACUCUCACCUCAUUGUAUAUCACACCAGAGUGUAUUACUGUCAUAGAACAUAAAACUGUACAGCAUAGUACAGGCCCUUCAGCCCACUAUGUUGUGCCAACCUAGGUAAACUCUAUCUACACUCAAUCUAUUCCCAUCUCUACUUCACCUCCCAUAACCCUCUAAUUUUCUUUUGUCCAUGUGCCUAUCUAAUAGUCUCAAGUGACCCUAUUGUAUCGGCCCCUACCACCAUCUCUGGCUGUGUAUUCCAGGCACCCACUACUGUGUGUGUGUGUGUGUGUGUGUGUGUGUGUGUGUGUGUGUGUAUAUAUAUAAAGAAAAUAAAUAAAAAAAGAACCUUCCUCUGACAUCUCCCCUGAACUUUCCUCCAUGCACCUUAAAUGGGUGACCUCUAGUAUUGGCCAUUACCAUCCUGGGGAAAAGAUGGUGGCUGUCCACUCUAUCUAUGCCUCUCAUAAUCUCGUACACCUCUAUCAAGUCACCUCUCAUCCUUAGUCGCUCCAGAGAGAAAAGCCCUAACUUGCUCAACCUCCCCUCAUAAGAUAUGUUCUCCAAUCAGGCAUCUCCUCUGCACCCUCCAAAGCUUCCACGUUCUUCCUAUAAUGUGGCGACCAGAACUCAACACAAUAUUCUAAGUGUGGUCUAACCAGAGUCUUUAGAACUGCAACAUUGCCUCGGCUCUUGAACUCAAUCCUCUGGCUAAUGAAGGCCAGCACACCAUAUGCCUUCUUAACCACCCUAUCAACUUGCAUGGCAACUUUGAGGGAUCCAUGUACUUGGACCCCAAGAUCUCUCUGUUCCUCCACAUUGCUAAGAAUCCUGCCGUUAACCAUGUUUUUUUUGUCAUCAAUGAGUGAUUAGUAAGAUUUUAGAAAGCCACUACAUUCACUUUCCAAGGGAGACUGGAGUUCUAGAUUUGGGUGAAGAAUAACUGGUAGGAGUGGGCUUGUGGUUCUACUCUACUUCAGUAUUCUAAGGAGGGAAAAAUCUGGUAUGCUAACUUUGCUCUCACUUGGACUUGGUUUCCUGGCAUCAUCAUGAAGCUUUGCCACUGUUCAAAGUUGGCAUCCAUCUCUGGAUACAGGCCUGCAUAUUUUCAGACAUCUCCUUUCUCCAGUCGCCAUUCACCACUGCCCAUUUUCCUCAACACUGUUUCGCAUGGUUUGAGUUGGGCAGUUGUGCAUUUGAAGUCCACGUCUGGGGAACAGGUGAAGUGUGCUCCUCUGGUGCGAUAACUUUUAACUGUUCUUGCAUGGUUGAGGUCUGGACUAAUGCAUAGUUCAUGGGAAAUAGAUACGGAAGUUUUAACUGCUCACUGGAAGCAGCUCUCGACAGCAGCAUGGAUUUCUGCCCAAUUUGAUGGUGUAAAUCUGGGAACUGCUGCCAAUUGUUUAAUUUUCCAUACCAUACUAAUGUGCACCCUGGGGCAAAAGUUAUUUCUUUAGCUUUCAUUAAUUCACUCCUCUCGAGCGGUGGAGUCAGUGGCUUCCUCUCUAUCCGGACAAUGAAUAGCAUCAGGUUCCCUUGCUGAGCUCUGGCUGGUGCUUUCAUGGAUGCCCUGGUGGAUUAAUGCACAAUGCCAGUCUUGUAAAAUUAUUGAUGUAAAAUCUGUGGCAACUUUUUAGCUGUUGACCUGAAUGAUCUGAUGAAUUAAAUAUUUGCCUUUCUAUUUGAGGCAUAUCUCUA